CUGCCCGCCGCCCCUGCAGCCCUCGGCGCCCCCGCUGAACCUGCGAUCGCUUCCUCCCUGUGAUCGACCGCCGCUGCAGCUCAGAGCCUGGCAAUGCCGUUUGGGUGCGUGACUCUGGGGGACAAGAAGAACUAUAACCAGCCAUCGGAGGUGACUGACAGAUAUGAUUUGGGACAGGUCAUCAAAACUGAGGAGUUCUGUGAGAUCUUCCGGGCCAAGGACAAGACAACGGGCAAGCUGCACACCUGCAAGAAGUUCCAGAAGCGGGACGGCCGCAAGGUGCGGAAGGCGGCUAAGAACGAGAUAGGCAUCCUCAAGAUGGUGAAACAUCCCAACAUCUUGCAACUGGUGGACGUGUUUGUCACCCGCAAGGAAUACUUCAUCUUCCUGGAGCUGGCCACGGGGAGGGAGGUGUUUGACUGGAUCCUGGACCAGGGCUACUACUCGGAACGAGACACGAGCAACGUGGUGCGGCAGGUCCUGGAGGCCGUGGCCUACCUGCACUCACUCAAGAUCGUGCACAGGAACCUCAAGCUGGAGAACCUGGUUUAUUACAACAGGCUGAAGAACUCGAAGAUUGUCAUCAGCGACUUCCACCUGGCUAAGCUAGAGAAUGGCCUCAUCAAGGAGCCCUGUGGGACCCCCGAGUACCUGGCCCCGGAGGUGGUAGGCCGGCAGCGGUAUGGACGCCCGGUGGACUGCUGGGCCAUUGGAGUCAUCAUGUACAUCCUGCUUUCAGGGAACCCGCCUUUCUAUGAGGAGGUGGAGGAAGAUGACUACGAGAACCAUGACAAGAAUCUCUUCCGAAAGAUCCUGGCUGGCGACUAUGAAUUUGAUUCUCCAUACUGGGAUGACAUUUCACAGGCGGCCAAAGACCUGGUCACAAGGCUGAUGGAGGUGGAGCAAGACCAGCGGAUCACUGCGGAGGAGGCCAUCUCCCAUGAGUGGAUUUCUGGCAAUGCUGCUUCUGAUAAGAACAUCAAGGAUGGUGUCUGUGCCCAGAUUGAAAAGAACUUUGCCAGGGCUAAGUGGAAGAAAGCUGUCCGGGUGACCACUCUCAUGAAGCGGCUCCGGGCGCCGGAGCAGUCCAGCACCGCCGCCGCCCAGUCCGCCCCCGCCACAGACACUGCCGCUCCCGGGGCUGCAGACCGUAGUGCCACCCCAGCCACCGACGGGAGCGCCACCCCAGCCACCGACGGGAGCGUCACCCCAGCCACCGAUGGGAGCGUCACCCCAGCCACCGAUGGGAGCGUCACCCCAGCCACUGACAGGAGUGCUACUCCAGCCACUGAUGGGAGAGCCACGCCAGCCGCGGAAGAGAGCACUGUGCCCACCAGCCAAAGCAGUGCCACCCCUGAGCCGGCUUUGGCCCAGCCGGACAGCACAGCCCCAGGGGGCGCAACAGGCCAGGCGCUACCCUCUAGUAAAGGGGAGGAGGCGGCCGGCUCUGCCGAGUCUCAGAGGGAGGAGACCAGCUGA